AUGAAGCUCACAGUUCGAGAGAAAGAUCACUUUAAGAAUGCGAUUCGUUUAUUUCCUACAAAGGAGGACGUUGCUGCCUAUAACCAUGAAAAACUUGAAAAGCUUGGGUAUCCUGUUGCUCGUGUUAUGUCAAGUAAUAAUCGUCAAACAUCUGAGCAUGCGAGUACCGAUGAUGCUAAAGGGUUGCAGAAAAUAGUCUUGUUGUCUAAGGAAUCAAGGCGUAAACAGUUUCCCCUCAUCUUGUGUUGGGCAAUCACGGUGCAUAAAAGCCAAGGGUUAACACUUGAUCAGGCCGUGGUGGAUACAGGAGCAAAGGAGAGUCUUGGUUUAACAUUUGUGGCAUUGUCGCGUACAAGAAGACUUUCGGAUCUUGCAUUUCACCCCAUGUUAAGAUUUGAAAGAAUAUAUAAAAUUGGUGAAUGCAAGGCACUUCCAGAAAGGCGUCGAGAAGAGGAACGAUUGCAAGAAUUAUCGCAACACUUUAGAGUGUAA